CGGGCUCAACCUGAGGCCUGAGACCCGGGCCGACCCCCGGGAGUCGGGAGCGGUCGAGUUGAGAAGAAGAGCGUAGGGAGACGACCUCGCUCCCGGCCUACCGCGGAGGUCGCGGCUCCUAUAGCCUAGCAGGCCUCCUGGGUCUCGGCCUGUCCUGGGCACCGCCACAUCGGGCCUAAUAUGGCGGCUCGUGCUGGGACCGGCCGGGUGCGCAGGUAGCCGGGCCGAGGUUGGGGCCAACGACUGCUCCCGGCAUUCCUCGCGGGCGGGGCGUGGGCUCCCUUCCCCCAUUCUCCAGGUCCCGCGAGAGGGAGACCCUCGGGCUUUGAGGUAGCAUGGCCCAGGGCGUGAUUGAGGUAGAGCGAAAGUUCGUUCCCGGGCCUGGCACAGAGGAGCGGCUGCAGGAGUUGGGGGGCACCCUGGAGCACCGGGUCACCUUCCGAGACAGCUACUAUGACACCCGGGAACUGAGCCUCAUGCAGGCUGACCACUGGCUGCGACAACGAGAGGGUAGUGGAUGGGAGCUCAAGUGUCCUGGAGCAGCAGAUGUCUCAGGACCCCACACUAAGUAUGUGGAACUCACGGCUGAGCCUGCAAUUGUGGCCCAGCUCUCUGAGGUGCUGGGGAAAGAGGUCCUGGGGGCUGGAGGUGUGGCUGCUGUGCUGGGCCCACUGGGGCUGCAGGAAGUAGCCAGUUUUGUGACUAAGCGUAGUGCCUGGAAGCUGGUGCUAUCCGGAGCUGAUGAAGAAGAGCCGCCGCUCCGGGUGGACCUGGAUACAGCCGACUUUGGCUACGCUGUGGGUGAGGUAGAGGCCCUGGUGCACGAGGAAGCUGAAGUCACAGCUGCCCUAGAGAAGAUCCACAGCCUCAGCAGCAUGCUUGGUGUGCCAGCACAGGAGUCGGCACCUGCAAAGCUGAUAGUGUACCUACAGCGCUUCCGGCCUCAGGACUAUCAGCGCCUGCUCAAAGCGAAUAGCUUCAGAGAGAAGCCACAGGGGACUGAAGAUCCUGACAGUAGCCUGGGCUAGGGUGUCACUGCCUCCACGGGGAAGGGGAAGAGAGCUCUGGGCCCAACAGGUUCACUCCUGGGCUGUGCCUCUUCCCCCGCUUCCCUUCCCACAGUGACUCCUCUCUCCAGCUCUGCCUGUUCUUCACCCUACCCUCGGCUCUCCUUCCUCGAGCCCUCCCCGGCUGCCUCCUCUCCCUCAUCCGUCAGAUGCAAUCUGUGGGCCACCCCUCUCCCCUGGCCGCUAAGCAGUCUCCAUUGAUUUCCGCUCGUGUUUAUAGGAUUUCCACUUAGCCGUGAUCAGUAGUUAAGCACAGGAAAAUCCCUUGCCACCUCCUCCCCCCUUGGUCGAUGCCAUUGAUUCUGCCAGCGGCUCCUAAACCGCCUUACAGCUGAGUUAGAGAUGAGGGAAGGCAGCAGGGAUUUCCCGCCUUGGUGGGUGGGGAACAGCAGCAGGUUGGGAAAAUGGGUGGGAAUCCCUGUUAGAAAUCUGGAAAUUCUGGUUUGAUUUUGCCACUGUGCCCUGCUGUGGCCCAAAGGGUAGAGUGCCUCCUGUGGAAGUUUAGGGGCAAAUUUGCUCCCUAACCUGGAGAGGGGUAGAAAGAAAACCCUCCUUUGUUGAAACAGGCUUCUAAGGCACAAGGGAAGAGACAUACUUCCUGUGUAAGAAGGCUCUUGCCUUGCUGUUAUUCGUAUACGUUUUCUACCUCAAAUAUACUCAAAUGUGGCUUUCCCCCCUCAG